UGUCACUAGUGAUUUGUUAUGAAGUUAGGUACCGUGGUCCACAGCGUAGAGUCACCAUGUUGCUGAAUAGAAUGGUGGUAUUUGGACUCUUUUGUCUGGGGAUACUGUAGAGAGGCAGUGAUUCGAAGGCACUGAAUUUGGCAGGCACUCUCUUCUCCUCUCCCCUGCCCAUUCUCUCUCCCUCCCCAGACUGCCACCAUGACCCAGAGUGGAGGUGUGAACGUGCGCAGCGCGGUGGCCGAGGAUCGUCUGGAGGUGCUGCAGGUGUACCGUCUGCUGCAGUGCGUACGCGAGGGAGACACGCCCCCGAUAGAGAAGAUGGUGCGUCUGGGCGUGCCCAACCUCAUCAACCUGACCGAGCCCAACGAGGGGAACGCCGCCAUGCACCUGGCCUCAGUGGCCAACGACACCGACAUGGUGCGCUUCCUGCUCUCACAGGGUGCACACCCUAACAUCCAGGACAAGAAGGGGCGUACGCCCGUCAUUCUGGCAGCUCAGCUGGGCCACGACAACAUGGUCGCCCUGCUGGCCAAGAACCACGCCAACAUGGACGUGGUCGACACCGAGGGCAAAGGCACACUGUUCUACUGUAUCUCUCCCACCAAGCGUCACAUGCGCUGCCUGCAGGUGGCGCUCAACAGCAAGGCCAACGUCAACAACGUGUCCACAGCUGGGACGCCCAUCUUCCUGAUGGCCUGCGAGCGCGCCCACGACUGUGAGAACAUGUGCAUCAGCAUCCUGGAGAGAGGGGCCGACCCCAAUGCCACCAAUGAGGCGUCUGGUCGUUCGGCCCUGAUGGAGGCAGCCAGGGCGGGGGCAGUGGAGCUGGUCAGGGCCAUCCUCCAGAAAGGGGGGAACCCCAAUGCCGUGGACAAGAAAAGGAUGCACGCUGCCCACCUCGCUGCAGAGGGGGGCUUCUUUGAGGUGAUAGUGGUGCUGUCUGCUUACUCUGCAGACUUGAGUGUGACUGCCACGGAUGGGAACACCCCCUUGCACUUGGCUGCAGCCGCAGGCUUCACUGACUGCUGCAGGUUCCUGGCUCAGAGAGGCUGCAACGCCAAGCUGAAGAACAUAGAGGGUUUGAUCCCCAGUCAGAUGGCCAAGAACAACAACCAGAAGCCAGCCAUGAAGGAGCUGAAGAAGGCUGAGCGUCUGGAGGUGAAGUUCUCCAAGCCCGGCGCCGUCAAUCCCAAUGAGCUGUGGGCGCUCACGCUGCACGACUGGUCCUGCGAGCACGAAGCGUCACUCCGCACCGCCAUGGAGAUCGCUGAGGAGGCCGUGGGUCCCGUAGAGACGGUUACCCGGGAGACGUUCGUGGCGGUGCUGCAGGAUCACCGGGCGCCAGUGGAUGACGAGAACCUCCAGAAGGUGAUUCUGGAGCACGACAAGAAGCGCGAGGGACUGAUCAACGUGACUGAUUUCUUCAAAGGGGUGCGUUACCUCCAGAAAACCUUCACUCUUCCCUCCUACGAGCCCAAGAAGAAGAAAGCCGGGAAAGGGGAAAGGGGGAAAAAGAAAGGCAAGUUCGUCCUUCCCAUGCCCAUCUGCAUUGUCCCUCCGGAGCUCAUCUGCCGGCGCCAGGACGGCGGCCCGCCACACUUCAUGGUGGAGAGCUACCAGCAGUUCACCGACACCAAGCGGUUCGACCGCGACCACCCGCCUGGCCACCCCAUUGAAGACGACUCAGCGUGGUACGUGGACGAGCCGGAGAAGAUCUAUAUCAACAUCAACUACUGUGUGAAGACCGGGGACCUGGAGUCUCUGAGCCUGGCCUUCAGUCAGGGGGUCCCUGUGGAUGUGAAGGACUGCUACUACAAGACGCCCCUGAUGACCGCCUGCAGGAGCGGGAACUAUGAGGUGGCCCGGUUCCUCAUCAGCCUGGGUGCUGAUGUGAACACGUGUGACCAGUUCAGUUGGACACCGCUGCACCACGCCUCCCAUGCAGGCCAGGUGGACAUCGUGGACCUCCUGGUGCAUUCUGGGUCAGUGGUGGACGCCGUGGCCAUGAACGGUGCCACGCCCCUUAUGAGGGCCAUCGAGAGCUGCAGACCGUGCUGUGUGGACUACCUCAUCAAGGCCGGGGCCAGGGUGCAGGCAGAGAACAAGAAAGAGAAGAAUUGUCUGGACAUUGCCAGAGCAUAUGGAGACAUCAGGAUAAGGGAUCUGGUCCAGGACAAGUUUGACAGCCUCCCCAAGUCCAAGGAGGGGAAGGGGAAAGGAGGAGCCAAACCCAAACCAGCCAAUCAAGCAGCUCCUAAAUCUGACUCUCUGUCGGCGACCACCUCUGAGACGGCGGUGAGGAAGUUUUCUCUGAAGGACAACAUCAUCUUCCUCAACACCCAGAUCACCAGCGGAGCUACCAACCUCCUCGACAUCAGCUUUGUGCCAAAAACAGUGUGGGGUAAGCAGCUAACCAGCAGCCAGCUGAUUGAGAGGAAGGAGGAGAGGAGGGACCGUCUGUCCUGCGAGGUGGACUAUGAGGACUUCAUGAUGCCUUUCAACCAGAACAUCAGGCAGAAGGCCCAGGAGCUGGGAGGCCUCGACAACUGAUAAAGACAGAGACAGAGGUAGUGUCCCAAAUGGUACCCUUUUCUUAUAAAUGGUGCACUACAUUUGACCAGGGCCCAAUGGGACACAAACAUAGUGUUUGUCAACAUAGUGCACUAAAUUGGAAAUAGGGUGCCAUUUCAGAUGCACGCAGAAAAGAGACAAAAAUAAACCAUGCGUGUCCAAUCGGUUUUGAUUCAACUAGCAGUCUUUUAUAAAGCCAGCAUGCCAUCAUAUUGUUACUGACAUACAGUACACAUAUACCAUAUUGUAGCGUUGUAACAUAAUGAUAGAAGCCAUAGUUCUCAGUUGUUUGUACUCUACAUCACAGGAGGUUAGUGGCACCUUCAUUAGGGAGGACGGGCUCGUGGUAAUGACUGGAGCGGAAUCAGUGGAAUGGUGUCAAACACAUGGUUUCAUUCCAUUUGCUCCGUUCCAGCCAUUAUUAUGAGCCGUCCUCCCCUCAGCAGCCUCCUGGGCUCUACAUGCUAUAAUAGAGGUUGAUAGUAGUUGAUAUGUGUUGAUAGUAAUUGAUAGUUUCUUGUCUUUAUUGGUUGUUUUAUUCAGAUAUCCAGUAGAUGAAAGCAAGAGGAUUUUUUAAUCUUUUCUAUUCCUUUACAAUCUCUUCUUUAUUGCAUUCAGGUCACAGUAAUUAUGUAUGUAUGUGUACCUGGCACUGUAAAUGUCCAUUGUUUGUUUACAGAAAGACUAACAAGCUAAAUAAACACAUCUCCAGGCCCGGGGUUCAUUGGCAACAUAUCUACUUCCUCAUGUGCUUAUACAACCUGUCCUCUCGCUGUGAGCACCACCUGUCCCUCACACACACACCCUCCCUUCCAGUAUCCCUCUCUCUCUCCAAGCCGGUAGUUCUAUACUAUCUAUUGC